GCAUGGACUCAUGCAAGCAGGGGACGACAGCGAGACAUGGGCGCAAAUAUAUAUAUAUAUAUACCAGUCAUGCUUUUCAGUUCUGAGUAGCCUGGAAACUUUUAAACAGCAUUUUCCUGAUUGUAGAUGUAUUUCUGCACAUCUCGCUGCAAGUUAAGUGUGAUGUUUUGGCUGCAUGUUGUAAAAUCCCUCUCACCACCACCACCACCACCAACACUAUCACCGACACCGUCCUCCCAGGAGUGAUGGGCUCUAAGUUGACCAGGCAGAGAAGUCUCGAUUUUGACAGCAAAUUGUCCAAGAGGAGACGCCAGAGAAAUGACAUGCCCGCAGAGAGCGAGAGAAGUAGCGGCAGAGGCGGUCGAGACUUCUUGUUUACCUCCUUGAUGCUCAAGUCCGACAAGCUUCCAGGGAUGCUGCGGAAAAACAACCCCAGCCCAUAUGUCAGGCGGGUGGCUUGGAUCAGGGAAAUCCAGAGGCUUCUCCGAGAGCAGAGGAUGGAGCAAGCAGCUGAAGUGCUCAAACUGCUGAGAAAGGAUUUGGGUCUCCAGGGAACGUCCCUCAAUGACAUUUUGUACAAGAACGCUGCUUUUCUCAACCUGGUGGACCCCAUUUCACAUGAGCUGCUGCUCAGUCUGGCCCGCGACCUGCAGUGUCCAAAAAGGGAGACUGACUCCCUCAAGUCCACCAACAAGAUCUGUCGCCAGCUCAUUUACCACCUGACCCCUCACUCCAAGUGGACGAGACAGAGCGUGCCCAGGAGGAAGUCUCAGGCCUGUCUGAAGACCACCCUGAAGAAGAAACUGUCUGGUGAUGUGGUCAACCUGUCAGGCAUCCCACUGUCUGGCCGAGACGUCCACCGUGUGGCCUUCUACCUCCAGAGCAGCAGUGACGCAGUGUCUGCUGUGGACCUGAGCUUCACCGAGCUGCAGGACGAGAGCCUGAGGCUGCUGCUGCCGUUCCUCGGCUGCCUGCCGAAACUGACCAUACUUGCCAUCAAUGGCAACCGUCUGACAGUGGCCAUCCUGAAAGACCUGACAGAUGCGGUGAAAGAUCCCAAGAAGUUCUCCAGCCUGGCCUGGAUCGACCUUGGCAACAAUGUUGAUAUCUUCACCGUGCCGCAGCCACUGCUUGUGGCGCUGCGGCGCCGCUUCGGUUUGCGCAGCAGCCUGCCCACCAUUUAUGAGUACAGUGAGGCACAGGCGUUAAGGGGCUACAACCCAAACAUGGAGACCUCUGUGGAGGAGCCCAGUCUGUAUGAGGAGGGAGAUGGAGAAGAUGAUGAUAGAGAGGAGGAGGAGGAGGAGGAGGAGGACAGGCUGGAGCUUCAAGCCUGGGGCUUUGGAGAAAAAAAUGUGUCAAAAAAUGUGCCGCUGCACUUCUGUGGGAGGUGAUCGCCCCAAGCUGGCAGCCCCUUAUAUCCCCCUGUAUCAGUGCUCACCUCGCCCUUAGUCUAGCCUCCUGUGUUAGCAAGUGUCAUUGUGGCAGAAGAUGCUUACAGUGAACCACACAUUUCUGAAAAUAACUUUAAAUGUUACUGUGUUGUGGGUCCCUCUGGAUGCUCUGACUACAGAAACUCAGACGGCUCUGUGGUUGUACAGACAGUAAGACUUUAUUUAUGGAUUGAUGUAAGCUCAAUUUAUGCGGGGGAACUGAAUACGCUUGCUGUUUUCCAGUGCUUCAUGUUCUUGAAGUUUUGUGCUCUCACAUACUGGCCACUGGAGCAGUUGGGGGUUGAGUGCCUUGCACAAGGGCACCUUGACAGUAGCUGGUGGGGGGGGGGGGAGUCAGUUCUAAUUCACAUUCCCCAAGCACAUUUACCCAGCUUGGCCAGAGAUUUGCUCCAUUUCUAUGAAAAGCUUGAGUAAGUCAAAGUUAAUAAAUAUCCUACUUAAAAAGU